CCGGUCAGUGUGGGGAAGUUUCGUGUCGUGGUUCGCGCACAGUGUAAAACUUGCCGCCGAAAGAGGGUGACGUUUGAUGGGUGUUUGAGAGUCGGAAAGCCUUAUCAAGAAGUGGCUUUGCAAUUACGCAGUGCUUGUGCCGCCUGGAAGUCCAUCCCAAAACAAUGUCCAUCUGCAGGUUGCAAUGUGUGAUGCUAGUGUUGGUGCUAGGUUGGUGGGGCUGCAUCGCUCAAGGUCAACGGCUAGCCACCCGAAAGUGUCUAGAGUAUCAGAAUAUAGUGGUCAACCGACAGACGCUAAUACCGCUCACGAUUAAGCCGAAGCCGAUCCAAUUCGAGGUGUACAACUGUACCAACGUCGUCCAGCUGAUCGUCGGUGGCGAGCAGGCAAAGUACGGCGAGUUUCCGCAUCACGCCCUGCUGGGCUUCUCGAAGGAGAACGGAAAGCAAUGGGACUACGAUUUUCGCUGCGGUGGUACGCUCAUCAGCGAUCAGCACAUCCUGACCGCUGCUCACUGCUUCGCGUACGGUGAUCCGGAAAUUGUGCGGGUCGGCGAGUACGACACCGAGUUGGAAACAGACGACGAAUAUGACAGCGACAUUGCAAGCAUCCGUCGGCAUCCGAACUACUCGAACGCGCGCUCGUACGAUGACAUUGCACUGGUAAAGCUGAAGCACCCGAUCGUCCUAUCGAAGCACAUCCGGCCAGCCUGUCUGUGGGAGACGGAGGAGCGCAACAGUACGCGCUACAUUGCGACCGGGUUCGGGUAUAACGAAACGUACGGCACUACACUGUCCACCGUGAUGAUGAAGGUGAAUCUGGACGAGUUUCCCGUCAGCGAUUGUGAGCGCAAUUUUAAGGGUGAUCGUCGGUUCAAGCAGGGUGUUCGUGAUGGGCAGUUGUGCGUCGGUAGCAUCGUCGAGGGCCGUGAUACCUGCCAGGGCGAUUCGGGUGGACCGCUGCAGGUGGUGACUAACUCAAAGUCCUGCUCAUACGGGGUGGUUGGCAUCACGUCGGUUGGAGGAGUAUGUGGCAUUGGCAAUGCGAAGGCGAUUUACACGAAGGUGUCACAUUACAUUGACUGGAUUGAGGACAACGUGUGGGGUGUUAAUGCGAUGUGAGAGUGGUGGUAUUACGUGUGAUGUGCGAUUGAUCGAUGGCAUUUGGGUGACAAAACGAAUGACAAUUUGGAACAUUUCGUUAGUAAAAUCAUAUAAAACAACAACAAAA